GAACGGUAGGCGCACGCCUACCAACCGAAAACCCUCUUUACGUGUCCUGGGAGUAAUUUGGGGUCUUUGAAGUGUUAACACGCGAAAUUCACUCUAUAGCUGUAAGGAUACGCGUACUUUGUCGACUGCAUACGACGGAAUCACUGCCUUUUUCUCGUUGUUUCUUGUGUACGUUUUUGACGCGUUUUAGGUACGUGUAAUUUCCCAAUUCCUUGGAAAACGACGUUUGCAUGAGAAACCAAUCUUAUGGUAUAUACUUGCCUUAAAACGGGAACAUCAUAAAGGACGAUUUCUUUCGUUUUGUCUCGCGUUUUUCAAGCUUGUCCGUUUGUCGACAAUACUCUGUUUAUGCUCGUUCGGUCUGUACACGAUUGUGGCCUGUAUAGAGACGUAUCUCCUUUAACUUUGGCUCUUUUUCUCAAUUUGAUCUGUAUUUUGUUUGGUUAAUUCCUCUGUUUUUUUUAUUCCUUUUAUUACUAGAUGAACCUGUUUGGAUAUCUAUUCGCUCUUUCUUAGGUUUUGUCGUUUGUACACUAGUUCAUUACCGUUUCCCAUUGCUGUUCCGCCUUACUUGUCACACACAAUCGCCCGUUUCAUGCGCAGAAACGUUUUUCUACUGUGUGUUAUUGCGCUUCUUGCUUCCUGUGUGCAUGCCCAUCAGUUUCCUACCUACACGCCGACGCCAACCACAUGGACAGCAUCAAUUCCCACACCCGUGUCGCAUCCACAAGCGCUGCAAUCCAAUAUUCUUCACUUGGAUGUGGAAUCCUCGUCUUCUGCUGUCGUGUCGCCGGUCGUUGACCAGCAGUCCAUCAGCAGCAGCAGUGGCUCGAGCUCGGAAGCAUCCCGGUCGACGACAGUGUCACCAAUUACUACGUCUUCGGCUGCAAGUGUAUCUUCAGAAGCAACCAUUUCCACAGGGACCGUCACAUCACAGUCUGCCAAAAGUACAACCAAUACGACAGAUGAACGGGAAAAGGAAACGGUAACGGUGUAUGUCACCAUACAGCCCACCAACAUCAUUACAACUAUUUUCCAGUUCACGUCUGUUGCUUCGACCAUUCCGGCUCAAAGUGGUAUUGCAACGAUUGUGCCUGUCGUACACACUUUCACAUACGGUAACGUCGGCACACUUGUGGGCGUCCUGGUGGGCACGGUAGUUGGGAUGGCAGUGCUUUUAGCAUCUGUUCUCGUGAUAGCGCGAAUUUGGGGACCCAAACUACUACUAAAAAACACAUACGAAGAUGACCAAUCUGCAAUUGAAAUGGAUAAUUUCGACAAUAAUCGACCGCAAAGUAAUAUGCCAGAAAUUACGCUUGCUUCCAAUUUCUAAAAAGACGUCUGAUAAUCCCCCUUUUUUCCCUCUUUCUCUUCUCUCUUUCUAUGCCAAAAGCCCAUUUCCUUGGUUCCAUACCAGGUUCUUCUGGGACAAUACUCGUUACCCAUUUAUUACGUCUACCAACUUGUCGUUUAUCUGUACUUUCCGCGUUUGCUUUCUUUGCUCCUUACCCCAUUUCCUCUUCCUGCCUUUUCCCCCGUUUUUUUUUCAAACCUUUACUCCAUCAAUAUUAGUUUGCUUAGCACUGUCCAUGUUCGGCUUUUCUGUUUUCACGGUAGCUGAUUUCGGCCGAGACUGUCCAAUGUUGAGAGCCUCUUUCACCACAGAACUCACAUCCAUUAUGUUUUGAGGGAUCACAAAUGUCUGAGCGUUUUUUCCCAUCUCGCUCAAAGCACUGAUGUACUCCUUUGCCAAUUGCAAGCCAAUGGCAUCUGCGCCAUGGCGAUGAAUAUUGAGUGUCUUGGCGAUGGAGGCGAUGCCUUCUGCCAAAGCGUUCAUCCUUCGCGGAAAGUUAGUAUACCAUGCACAGACGGUUCGCGUUGUCACUUACUGGUAACGCAGUGCUUCUGCAUCUGCAGCAGCCUUGUUUAACCGUUCCGUCUUCUGGGCUUCCAGGGACAGUAACUGGGCGUGCUUUCGGCCUUCGGCUUCCUUUGCCAUGGCCAUCAUCCUUCCCUCGGCAGCAAUCAUCUGCGUGUCCUUCUUUCGAGAGGCGGUCUCACGUUCGUGCAGCGUCUUCUCAAUAACAUCGGGGAGUUUGAUGUCGAGAAUCUCCGUCCGCAGACAAGUAAUACCCCAUUUUUUAGUGAGAGCAUUUAGCUUUGCAUUCAACACCUCGUUGAGUGACAGUCUGUGUUUGAGAACAUGGUUCAAGGGAUGCUGACUGAUUUCGUGCCGCAUACUUGAACAUAGAUGCUGUUCAAUGGCCCAUUCAGCAUUCUCAACCUCAUAACUCGCUUUGUAUGCGUCAAAAACUUGGGUGUGCAAAAAACCGUUGAUCGACAACGCAAUAUUGUCGAGCGUAAUCACCGACUGGGAGGGAAUAAUAAUCGUGCGCUCCUUCAACGAGUGAACGUACGCAAUUUUAUCAAGCAAAGGAGCCAAGACAGCGAGACCCGGUUCCAGGACCCUACGCACUAUGUUAGUUUCAGACCCAAUUCAAUUACGUUUUCCUCGAAAGAAGAACAAAGAGACAACUAGCACACAUGGUGGGAAUCAUACACGGCGCGCAACAGCGUUCAAUUAUCCCCUUCCCACACCUACCUAUGGAACCUGCCCAUCCGUUCAACCACAUAGGCCGAUUGUUGUGGAACAAAAAUGAAGACUCUGUUAGGGAUUGCUGCUUUUUUAGCCGGCGAAAAAAUAUGGAGGCUGGAAACAUUUCUUGAAAAUGUUUUUAAUGCAAAGACAUUUCGAAUGAACGGAUUCGACAGUCGCAGCAUUCCUUCCUUUUACCGGGCUACGUCUCGUUGCUGGAGCUGAAUUCUCUUGACCCAGACAACGUUUUUGGUGGUGACCUUUCCGAGGGCGUGGGGAAGUGGGGGCCGUGCCCUAACCACCACUGCCGACACCACCGCAGAGUUUCUGAACAAAACUCG